UGUGAAAUGUUGUUUCAUAACACAAUAUUAUAAUAACCAAUUCUAAUUUAAUAAAAAUAAAAAUUUGUUGAAAAUGUUAAGCUUUCAACUAAGAAAGUUGGUUCGUAGUGUGCAUACUAUAACAACUUUUCCAAAAAAUAUCCUUGUUCAACAUGACUUGACUAAAUAUUUUAAAGAUAAAAUAAGUAUAAGUGGUCCAAUUACAGUGGCAGAAUACAUGCGUGAAUCAUUAAAAAUGUACUAUAAUAGCAGAAAAGUUUUUGGGUCUGAUGGAGAUUUUAUAACCUCUCCUGAAAUUAGUCAACUGUAUGGUGAAAUGUUGAUGUUGUGGUUAUUAAGUAUGUGGGAAAAAGCUGGGUGUCCAUCUCCCAUAAAUAUAAUAGAACUUGGACCUGGAACUGGUGUCAUGAUGAUGGAUAUGCUAAGAAUGUUAAAACAAACUCAAUAUAACGCACUUGAUUUAAGUAUACACAUGGUAGAAACAAGUAAAAAAUGUAGUUUAGAACAAGCCAAUAAAUUAUGCUGUUCAGAAUUAUUGAAAGAUAUGUCUAAUAAUUUUUAUCAGUGUGGUACAACUUCAGAAAAAUAUGGAAUGAAAAAAAUUUUCUGGUAUAAGUCAAUUGAUGAUAUUCCUAGAAAUACUUUUAGUUUGAUAGUAGCUCAAGAAUUUUUUGAUGCUUUACCUAUACAUAAAUUCAGGAAAAUUAAUGAUGAAUGGCGUGAAAUAUUAAUAGAUAUUGAAAAUGAUUCAAGUGGAAAAUUCCGUUAUGUAUUAAGCAAGACAUAUACAGCUACAUCAAAUUUAAUAUCUACAAUAGAUUAUUAUAAAUGUUCAAAUUUUAAAAAUGAAACUGAAAUUGAAGUUGGAUUGGAUGGAGCUAUUGUAAUGCAGAAGCUAAGUGAUAGAAUAAUAAUGGAUGGUGGUAUAUUUUUAUGUAUAGAUUAUGGGCAGGAUAAGCCAAUAACUGACUCUUUCAGGGCUUUUAGUGGACACCAACAAGUAAAUCCAUUACAUAAUCCAGGAACAGUAGACUUGACUGCAGAUGUUGAUUUCUGUAGAUUAAAGAAUGUGGCUGGAGCGGAUAUACUUUCUUUUGGACCAAUUGUCCAAACCACAUUUUUGAAGAACCUGAUGAUAGAUUUAAGAUACAAAAAUUUAUUAGCUUUAACAAAAAAUGAAACAGAAUCUACAUCACUUACAUUUGGAUACAAUCAAUUAAUGGAAAUGGGUAAACAAUUUAAGAUCAUGGGAAUGAUACCAGCAACAAUGUCAAGAAUAUUGAAUAAAUUUCCAGUUUUUGGAUUUAGUUGAUAGAACCCAAUAGAAUGAAAUUAUUUCUUAAUUGUAAUGAACAUAGCAUUUUUAUAAAUAUGAAUAUACAUACUUCAUUUUUGAAAA